AUGGCAAGCCCCCAGCCAGAACUUCGUCUUGAUAAUACACUUGGUGCUCUAUUCCUUGGAAACAUCGGUGCCGCCAUCUUCUAUGGUAUUACCAGCGUACAAACAUACAUAUAUUUCAAAAAUUGUUCCCGUGAUAGCCUGUCUCUCAGAAACUCCAUCUGGUUCUUGUGGGUGCUAGAUACUGUCCACCUCGCCUUCAUUACACAUGCCUUGUACCUUUACUGUGUAUCCAACUUUGCAAAUCCGGCAUUUCUGCAGGGUUCCAUAUGGUAA